AUGGCUUCCUUUAGCUUCCUAGUGUUUCUCAUUGUUACUCUAAGUGCCAUCUCUCAAGGGCUUGCAAACUCUAGUCAAUAUCGAAAUAACCCCAAUAACCCUUCUUAUCCCAAUACACCAAAACGGCCCUAUUAUCAUUAUCAUUAUGGAUAUCCCAUUGCUCCAAGACGACCUUACUAUGGACAACGGCCUCCGGUAUACAAGGCACCAAUUGAGAGGCCCCCGGCAAACUUGUACCCAAUAGGGAGGACACCAUCACCUAAUACCAGGGCACCUAUUUAUACGCCACCAUUGGAGACGCCACCUGUCUACAAGCCACCAAUUGAAAAACCUGUAAAUCAAUAUAGGCCGCGGGUAGGGAAACCACCUGUGUACAAUCCUCCAAUUGAGAGCCCUCCAAUUUACAAGCCACAAGUUGAAAGACGCCCAAGAUGUUGCACUGCUGGUUGA